AUGGGUGCCAGCGAUGUCGAAAAACAGUCCACAGCCACUCCACUGGGGUAUGGCGACCCCAAAAUGCUAGAUCCCGCAGUAGGGCCUCUACCCCUUGAUGGUGAGGCCUCCUACGUGAAUGCGGACCGACUGGCCCGUAAGCUCUCCGCGCGCCAGGUCCAGAUGAUCGCGAUUGGCGGGACCAUCGGCACCGGUUUGUUCCUGGGGACGGGCAAAGCGCUGGCUACGGGUGGACCGGCCUCCAUGCUUAUCGCGUACGCCAUCUGCGGAGGUAUCGUCUACGUGACGAUGCUGUCGCUGGGAGAGAUGACGGCGUUCAUCCCCAUCGCGGGAUCCUUUUGUACUUUUGCGGGACGCUUUGUCGAUGAUGCGCUGGGGUUCGCGCUGACUUGGAACUACUGGUUCAAUGAUGCCGUUUCCACCGCCGCGGAUGUCAUCGCCCUGCAGCUGUUGCUCCAGUACUGGACAGAUAACUUUCCCGGAUGGGCGAUUAGUCUGAUAUUUUUGGUGGUGGUCAUCGCGUUGAACGUCAUGUCCGUCAGGGUGUACGGCGAGAUUGAAUACUGGCUCUCCCUUCUCAAAGUGGUGACCAUCGUCAUUUUCAUCAUCGUUGGGAUUGCGGUCAACUGCGGCGGAAACACAGAACACCGGUAUCUGGGAGACGAUUACUUCUAUACCGGGGACGCGCCAUUCGUUGGUGGGAUCGGUGGAUUUGCAUCCGUCUUUGUCACGGCCUCCUUCGCCUACGGCGGCACCGAAUCCAUCGCCGUCACAGCCGGGGAAACCAAAGACCCAGCGAAGAACAUACCCAAAGUCAUACGCAAUGUCUUCUGGCGCAUCAUCCUCUUCUACAUCAUCUCGAUCAUCAUCAUCAGCCUGAACGUCCCCUACACCUACCCGGACCUAUCGUCCGGCGAGACCGCCACCAGCCCCUUCACCAUCGUCUUUGUCCAAGCCGGCAGCGCCGUUGCCGGCAGCUUCAUCAACGCUGUCCUCAUGACGAGCGUCAUCUCCGCCGCUAACCACGCCCUGUUCGCCGGCUCGCGGCUGCUCUUCACGCUUGCCACGGAUGGAUACGCGCCGCCCUUUUUCUCUCAGCUGAAUAGAUUUCAGGUCCCGUGGGUGGCUGUUCUAGCAACCUCUGUCAUCAGUGGACUCUGCUUUGGAGCUAGUUAUAUUGGAGCGGGUCAACUAUGGACAUGGCUGCAAAACAUCGUCGGCGUCUCCAACCAACUCUCCUGGACCUGCAUCGGCAUCGCCUCCCUCCGCUUCCGCGCGGGCCUCCGCCACCAAAACCUCGAGCACCUCCUCCCCUACAAAAACUGGACAUACCCCGUCGGGCCGAUCCUCGCCGUGGGGCUCAACUGCUUGUUGAUCCUCGUGCAGGGGUGGUCGUGCUUCAGUCCGACUUUUCAAGCUAUCGACUUUGUGUCUUAUUAUGUCGAGAUUGCGAUUAUGGUGGUUAUGUUUCUCGUUUGGAAGGUCGUGAAGAGGUCGCGGUUUGUGGGGGUGCAUGAGAUGGAUUUUGUUACGGAUAGGUGGGUGGGGAGUGACGCUGUUGGUGGGAGUGGGAGUGGUGAUGGGGAGGGUGUGGAUGGUGGGGAGAAGGAGAGGGAGAGGGGGCUUGGGGAGUCGACGAAUGCGAGGUAG